AUGGACUCAUCCAUUGUCGCCACCAGUCUCUACAUAAUUGCAAGGGACUUCCAGUCCUUUGCCUCUGUCAACUGGGUGGCGCUCGCAUAUACCCUCUCCUACCUUGGAUGCGCCGUAACUUUCGCGCAACUCUCGGACGUCGUCGGAAGACGAAAUGCAUUCAUUGCCGCGCAUGUGUUCUUUUUCGCCUUCUCCAUGGCCUGCGGUUUCUCCCGUAAUCUUUCCCUACUAAUCGCUUUCCGUGCCCUCCAGGGGAUCGGCGGUUCCGGUCUCUACGCCCUCUCAAUGGUCAUUAUCCCUGAGCUGUGUCCCCAAGAACUACAACAGCACAUUGGUAGCCUGAUCGGCCUGGUGAUUGCAGGCUCUGGCGUUCUCGGCCCGAUCCUUGGUGGCUUUCUGACAGAAUUCGCGAGCUGGCGAUGGGUCUUCUGGAUAAACGGGCCGAUCGGUAUCAUCUCUCUUGUCAUCUUCCUUGUAGCCUGGCCGCAGGCUCACCACCUACCGUCGCGGAAAAGCGCUCUAUGGAAAGAUUUCGAUUAUAUUGGUUCGUUCUUGAUUAUUGCUGCCUCUGUAUUGAUCGUUUUCGCGUUCCAAAACAUCGGAGAAAGCGGGAGCUCGAGCUGGCGCAGCGCUGUUUUCAUCGGGCCCGUCGUGGGCGGCGGGACGGGAUGGCUGGCACUGGUUGCUUGGGAGGCUUUUGCCGCGAGGAGAAUGCAUGAUGGCUUUUCCCCGGCUUUCCCGGUCGACCUCUUCAGAAACAGAACGUAUGCGGCAGCAGCGUUGUCGACACUGUUCCUGGGUUAUCCCUAUCUGCUCUUGGUUUAUUCUUUCCCGCUCAAGGCGCAGAUAGUGAGCAGCAAGAGUGCGCUAAUAUCGGGCAUCAUGCUGCUCCCCAUGCUGGGAGCGUCCGCCAUUGGAAGCGCCGUUAGCGGGACAGAAAACGAUGGGAAGGCUCUGGGGUUCCUGACCUUCGCCGGAUUUGGCUUCGGACUGUCGACCGCUGCGGCAACGAUCCUCGUUGCGGUGGAGGCGCCGCGGAAAGACCACGCCGCAGCUCAAGGCAUCCUGGCACAGCUGCGUGUUCUCGGAGGCAGCUUGGGAAUAUCUACAUCGACAGUCCUGGUGCACGCGGAAGCAGGCAAACGAUACGGUCCAAGCCCUAUCCUGGGAUCCAAGGAUGCGGAAUGCCCCAUAGAUUGCGGGGACAGAACAGUGCUGCAGUUGGAUACUUUUCAUUCGGCAUACGACGAGGCAUUCCGCAAGGGCAUGGGCGAGGAGCCGCAGGCCCAGGGCAACACGAUGGACGGCAGCUGCCCAGCCUUGAUCGCGGCACGAGACAAGGCGGCGCAACUGUUCACCAAGAGACUCACCAGGGGGGAGUACGAGAAGCGCAACUUCAUGUGGAUGCGGUGCCGCUUCGAGCAGGACAAGAGCUACUUCGACGUGGGAGGCAGCUGGCCUGGGCCGCAGGGCGAACAUCUCAAAGACUUCUUGACCGAAAACACGGCCCCCGGAUAUCCCGUCGGCCCGCUCCUGAAGUUUGCCUUCCAGCACGUCAACGCCGACGAGAAGGGCGAGGGCGGCUGGGGCGACGCCUAUCUCUGGGUGAUGCUGCCAUGGCUCUAUGCUGCAGUGGAAAGCAAGUUUGGCUUCCGCCCCAUGCCGCUGCUCCGGGUCGUCGAGCCCAUCGUGCAGUUUGGCCAGUCCGUGGCGGAACAAGAGAACCGCACCUUUUAUGUCAUUGACUGCCCGACCGGCCGACCGGAGGGAAAGUAUUUCAGGGGCUAUGGCACCGAAGCCAAGAGCGACAAGGCCAUGGCCAGCUACUUUACGGGCGACCCGGAGCAUCAGUGGUCCACGGGCGGCAACUGA